UCAAAUCACUGGUGUUCAACUCAAAAAAUUUAUUGUAAAAUUCGAUAUUAUUUUCCCAUAAUAUUAUUUCAUAAAAGGAAUUAUUUAAUAUAAGUAAUUUAUAGGAACAAAAAAUGGAGCUUUCACAAAAUACGUUCGAAAAUAAUAUAUCUCAAAUAGCAGAAUGGUACGCUGGAAAAAAUAUAUUAAUUACUGGUGCCACUGGAUUUAUGGGAAAAGUUCUUGUAGAGAAACUUUUGAGAAGCUGUCCAAAAUUAAAUAAGUUAUAUCUGCUUAUAAGACACAAGAAGGGAGUAGAUGCUUUCAUACGAAAGGAGCAAUACUUUAAAUCAAUAGUUUUUAAAAAACUGUUAGAAGCAGAUAGUAAGAUCAUGAACAAAAUUCAAGUUGUCAAAGGCGAUGUAAUGGAGAAUGACCUUGGUUUAAAUGUGAAUGAUGCUAAUGAAUUAGCCUCGAAUGUUGAAGUAAUAUUUCAUUGUGCAGCUAACGUCCGUUUUGAUCAACCUUUACGACCAAUGAUUCAAAUGAAUGUGGCUGGCACAUUAAAAUUACUCAAAUUAGCACUAAAAAUGCCAAAUUUAAAAGUUUUGUUACAUGUUUCAACUUCGUACUGCCAGUGUAAUGAGAGCGUCUUAGAGGAGCGGGCUUAUGCAGCACCACAAAAUCCAUUUGAAAUAAUGAACAUGAUAGAUACGAUGGAUGAUCAAAGUUUAGCUAAAAUUACUCCAAAUUUAUUAAAUGGAUUACCAAACACUUAUGCCUAUAGUAAGGCAUUAUCAGAAGAUCUUAUCAAUAGAUAUGGUAGCAAACUGCCUAUUGUAAUAACUAGACCAUCAAUUGUUACUGCAGCUAUAUCAGAGCCUUUUCCUGGUUGGAUUGAAGGCGUUAAUGGGCCUACAGGCUUGAUGAUAGGUGCUGCACGUGGUGUAAUACGAUCAAUGCACUGUAAUCCUGACUAUGCAUCUACAGUGAUUCCUGUAGAUAAGGCUAUAAAUGGCAUGAUAGUAGCUGGAUAUGACCGAGCUAGCCAUAAGUCAGAUAAAGCAGAGUUUUGUAAUUUAUGUCUUUCAAGCAAAGCACUUUUAACUUGGGGUGAAAGUAUAGAAACGGGAAAACGUUUUUUUUAUGAAACUCCAUUAAGUUUCGCGCUAUGGUAUCCAGAUGGAUCUAUAAAGAAAAAUUAUUAUCAACAUUUAAUAUGUGUAAUACUUUUUCAUUAUCUUCCAGCUUACUUUAUAGACUUAUGUCUUUUUUUGCUGGGACGGAAGCCAUUCUUGGUCCAAAUACAAAAAAAAAUAUCAACAGGUCUAAAAUUACUUCAAUAUUAUACUACAAAAAAUUGGGACUUUAAAAAUGAAAAAUUUCAAAAACUUAAUGCAAAACUAAACUCUACUGAUCAAAAAAUUUUUGAUGUGUCUGCAAGUCAAGUAAAUUGGGAGCAAUACAUACGUAUUUAUAUAUUGGGAAUGCGGAAAUUCAUUCUCAAAGAGGGCGAUGAAACUAUUCCUAAUGCAAAGAAGAACUUAAGAAGGUUAUAUAUUUUGGAUCGUUGCACAACAUUUUUUAUAUAUGGUAUAUCUUUUUGGUAUCUCUGGUCAAAUAUGGAUUCAUUUGUUGAACAAAGUGAUGCUUUUAUUCGUUCGUCUUUCCAUAUAAUAUACAAUGAUUACAACAAAACAAUUAAUUCCUGAUAUUAUUUAGUUACCGCAUAAUAAAGAAGAAAAAUUUUAUUUUAUCU